CGUGAAUUCGAGGAACUCCAGCGCUCUGCUCAAAUGCCUCUCUCGUCCCCGACGCUUUCCCGAGGAGAAGCAGAGGCAGAGCUUUCGCUACAUCCCGACGCUCGUAAACCUAUCGUACCCGAGUUCGAAGGCGAUGUCAAUCCGUUGACAGGGGAAGAAGGUGGCCCGAAGAGGGAACCUGUUAAAAGUUGGAAUGAUGAUGGCGGGGACUGGAGCUUCAAGGGUCGAGUCUCUGACUUUUAG